AUGGAAAUACAACAAAGGUUCUUUGAAGAACAACAUGCUUUAAAACAUAAAAGUACAAAUACAGUGAAAUUACCCAAAUUGGACAUGAUCUCAUUCAGUGGAAAUCGCCUUCAAUGGACGGAAUUCUGGGAUUCUUUUCGAAGUGCGAUACAUGAAAAUGACAAGCUUUCUCCUAUUGAUAAAUUUAAUUAUUUGAAAGGAAAAAUAGUAGGUGAAGCUAGAAGUGCCGUUGCUGGACUGACAUUAUCAAAUGAGAAUUAUGAUAUAGCUAUUCAUAUUCUUCGUGAAAGAUUCGGUGACCUCCAGGAUAUAAUUGAUUUACAUUACAAAGGUAUAGUGAAUAUCUUACCACCGAAGAAUAAUACAGAAGGAUUAAGAUUUCUUUUCGACAAGAUUGAGCGUCAUUUACGCAGCUUAGAAGUGAUGAAUGAAAAUUUAGACCAACAAGUGUUUGUGUCUAUGAUUAGAAGCAAACUUCCCAGUGAAGUUCUUCUUCAACUUGAAAUACAAAAGAGUGCUGAUACUAAAUGGUGUAUUAAAACGUUACGGGAUUUGCUUCGUAAAUACAUAGUUUCUAGGGAAAAAUCAGACAAACCAAAAUCUCUGAAUGACUCGAGUCAGUAUGUGAAUAAACAAACAAAUCCUCAUACGAAUAGACAUACGAGCAUGUCAAAUCGUUAUAAAAGCCAACCACAGACAAACUAUUCUGAAGGAGCAUUAGUUGCGAAUGAGAAAAGGAAAGUUUUACUUCCAUCAGCGACGAUAUGCAGAUACUGUAGCAAAAAUCACUGGAGUGAUGAAUGCAAUAGAUACAAAACUGUUGAAGAAAGAAAGUCAAAGUUAAAAGGAUGCUGCUUUAGAUGUUUAAGAGAAGGGCACACGUCUUCUGACUGUAGAAGUAGUAGAAUAUGUGUAUACUGUGACAAAUCAAAUGUACAUCAUCGAAGUCUUUGCCCGAAAAGGUUUAAAGGAGCUGUAAGGAGAGAAACAGCUAUUGUUUUCGAAAGAAACAAUACAAGACAAUAUUGA